AAAUAGUAUGGCAACGCCACUAAUAAAAUAUCCGUAUUGAUUGCAUCACAAGUCAAUCGACAAAAAGGUUUUAACUUAUUUUUCAUAAUUUAAUUCAUUGAUUUUUCAUCUAAAAUGGCCUUUUGGAAAUUUUUCGGACUUCCCGUUGUUCGGGCUGAUGAUGAUGAAGCGGAGCUGGUUGACCCGCAAGCCGAACUUAGAGAUAAGUGUCAGGCUAAGGGCCAUAUUGAAAGUCUAUACAACAAAUAUCAGGAAUGCAACGACCGUGUGAACAGUCGCUCAAAAACAACUGAAACAUGCAUGGAGGAGCUGUUCGACUACGUCGCUGAGUUGGAUCAUUGCGUUGCACACAGUCUUUUCUCAAAGCUCAAGUAGUUAAGCAAUAAGAUGAUCAUAUGUAUUAUUGUCUAAUAUACUGCGCUUGAGUAAAAUUGUUGAAGAUUCUAAGUAAU